CAAUAAACACAGUAGUACUAUUUUGUUGUGUUGUUCUUAGUGGUACCAAACUGUUACAAGACAUUACAUUGUUGCUUUUCUUCGUACUUUCUCUUCUCUUUCUCUUUUCAUUAUUUCUAACAUUUGUUUCAUUUCAGUUUCACAAAGUUUCAUUCCUCAUAGCUCAAAAUCUCAGGUAUAAUAUAACGUCUCUCGAUCCAAGUUUUUCUUGAAGCUGGUUAUUUGCGAUGAGCAGUCUCAAGCUAGGUGUGGAAGUUAUCGGGGCUCAUGACCUCAUGCCGAAAGAUGGUGAGGGCUCGGCUAGUGCUUUUGUUGAGCUUCAUUUUGAUGAGCAGAAGUUUCGGACAAGUAUUAAAGAAAAAGAUCUGAAUCCUGUUUGGAAUGAGAAAUUUUACUUCACCAUUGCUGAUCCAAGUAAAUUACCGAGCCUCACCCUUGAAGCGUGUGUCUACCACAACAAUAACAAAGGAAAUAACAACAAAGUGUUUCUUGGUAAGGUUCGUCUCACGGAAACUUCGUUUGUCCCGUAUCCUGACGCUGUUGUAUUGCACUAUCCUCUGGAAAAGAAAUACACCUUUUCACGCGUAAAAGGAGAGCUUGGUUUGAAGGUAUUUGUUACCGACGACCCUUCUGUGAAGUCUCCCAAUCUGGUUCUUGAUGAGAAACCCUCUGUGGAUUCAGAUCAGCACUUGAACAAAGAUCAACCACCAGUAUCAUUGACAGAUUCAUUCAUGAACAUGUUUUCUCGUAAGAAGAAUGCUGCGCCGAGGCACUCAUUUCAUACCAUUCCUGGUUCUAAUAAAGAAGAACAUCGGUCUUCUCCUCCAGCUGCUGCAAAGAUGAAUACGGACCAUGGAACGUCUGAGAUGAAAUCUGCACUAACUCCAAAAAUCAUGCAUACAUAUGCGGAUUCUUUGUCUCCGAUGGAUUAUGCUCUCAAAGAGACAAGCCCUUCUCUUGGAGGGGGACAAGUAAUUGGCGGUCGAGUUAUUCGUGGGAACAGAUCAUCCAACACCUAUGACCUUGUUGAACCAAUGCGUUACCUUUUUGUACGAGUUGCAAGAGGCCGUGACCUUCCGGCAAAGGGUGUGACUGGGAGCCUUAAUCCAUACGUGGAGGUAAAAGCUGGAAAUUUCAAAGGAACAACAAAACAUUUUGAGAAAAAUCAGGAACCUGAAUGGAAUGAGGUGUUUGCGUUUGCAAGGGACAAUCUACAGUCAACUACGCUUGAAGUUGAGCUCAAAGACAAAAGCACAGUACUGGAUGAAAUAGUUGGUACUGUUAGAUUUGUUCUCAGUGAUGUUCCUACACGUGUUCCACCUGAUAGUCCGUUGGCUCCGGAAUGGUAUCAGAUUGACAAGAAGGGGAAAAAGAAAAAAGGGGAGUUGAUGCUUGCCGUAUGGUUUGGCACACAAGCUGAUGAAGCUUUUCCUGAUGCUUGGCAUUCUGAUACACUCUUUCCCGGAGAAAACUCUCCAGUUUCUCAUCAUCAAAUGCGAUCAAAAGUUUACCAUUCACCUAGAUUAUGGUAUGUGCGGGUCAGAGUGAUUGAGGCACAAGACUUAAUUCUGUCGGAUAAAUCUCAGUUCUCAGAUGCCUAUGUUAAGGUACAGACUGGUCACCAGAUCUUAAAGACAAAAUUGGUUCAGUCAAGGACAAAAAAUAUGCGAUGGGAUCAGGAGCUGAUGUUUGUUGCUGCCGAACCCUUCGAUGAACCUUUGAUCCUUUCUGUUGAAAACCGUGUUGGUCCCAACAAGGACGAGACAAUUGGCGUGGCUGUUAUUCCUUUGACCAAAGUUGAUAAGCGUGCUGAUGAUAGAAUUAUCCGAACUAGGUGGUAUAACCUUCAAGAGUCCAUGUCGUCUGCGAUGGAUGGGGAACAUGAGAAGACAAAUGAUGUAUUUUCUAGUAGGAUUCACCUUAGUGUCUGUCUUGAUGGUGGGUACCAUGUUUUUGAUGAGUCAAUUUAUCAUACUAGUGAUCUUACACCCACCUCGAAGCAGCUCUGGAAGAAGCCAAUCGGCGUUUUAGAACUCGGCAUUCUAAAAGUUGAUGGACUUCAUCCGAUGAAAGCCAGGGAUGGAAGAGGGACAUCAGAUGCAUACUGUGUGGCAAAAUAUGGACGAAAAUGGGUUCGUACUCGAACAAUUAUUAAUAGUCUAGACCCGAAAUACCACGAGCAGUACACAUGGGAAGUUUUUGAUCCAGCGACAGUUCUCACUGUGGGGGUGUUUGACAAUUGUCAAGUUAAUGGUCCAGAUAACAAAGAUUUGCUGAUUGGUAAAGUUCGGAUUAGAAUCUCAACCCUUGAAACCGGCCGUGUAUACUCAAACUCUUAUCCUUUAGUGAUGCUUCAUCCUUCAGGUGUUAAAAAGAUGGGUGAACUGAACCUGGCUAUUAGAUUUUCUUGUUACUCAAUGGUUGAUUUGAUGCAGCAGUAUUUUAAGCCUCACUUGCCAAAAAUGCACUACAAAAGGCCGCUUAACGUUAUGGAACAGGAAAUGCUGCGACAGCAGGCUGUAAAUGUUGUUGCUGCUCGCCUUAGUAGGGCGGAACCACCUCUCAGAAAGGAGGUUGUUGAGUACAUGUCUGACACAAAAUCUCAUCUUUGGAGCAUGAGACGCAGCAAAGCAAAUUUCUACCGUCUGAUGACGGUGUUUUCAGGAUUUCUUUCUGUAGGACGAUGGCUAGGGGAAGUUUCCACCUGGAAUAAUCCUAUGACAACGGUGCUGGUGCACAUUCUUUUUCUGAUGCUUGUGUGUUUCCCUGAACUUAUCAUGCCAACCAUGUUUCUCUACGUGUUCGUUAUCGGCAUGUGGAACUGGAGAUUCCGCCCGAGACACCCUCCUCACAUGAACCCGAAACUCUCUUACACAGAAGGAGUGACCACAGAUGAACUCGACGAGGAAUUCGACACAUUUCCUUCCACAAAGAGCCCUGAUAUUGUGCGAUGGAGGUACGAUCGUUUAAGAAGUGUGGCUGGAAGGGUUCAGAGUGUCGUUGGAGAUUUAGCUACUCAAGGAGAGAGAGUCCAAGCACUUGUGAGCUGGCGUGAUCCUCGCGCCAGCUCCAUGUUCAUGGCUUUUUGCCUCGUGUCUGCUGUUGUGCUGUACAUGACACCCUUCCAGAUUCCUAUUCUUAUAGGCGGAUUUUACUUUUUGAGACACCCAAUGUUCCGGAGUAAGGUACCACCUGGACCGGUUAACUUCUACCGCAGGCUACCCGCUCUCACUGAUAGCAUGCUGUAAAUGGUUUCUGUUGCGCGAGUUUCUGAAAUUUAUUUACCUGCUGAAAGUGAAGUGUUUGAAUCUAGCAUCGAGUUUUCGGCAGUUAUUGUAAAAUCCUUGGAGCUGCCAUCUUAUCUAAUCAUGUCUGUGUUUUUAUUUUAGUAUUGAGUUGGUGGAGAUGUAUGUAACCAUGCACAAUGAAACUAGUUUGAUGAUGACUGGUGUAAGAAAUUUAGCUGAACUUUCUUUCAUGUAAAAGUUGCAGGUUUUUGGUAAGGAAAUGAGAAGGAUAAUGAAAUGACCCUUUCAAAUAA